UUGAGUGAGACAUUUGGAAGCUGGGGUGGGGGGGGGAGGAGGCUUCUGCAACUUUGCGCUGCGCCGCGACUGUUUUCGUUGUUGUUGUUUGCGAAUUCCGCCUCUCUAUGAAUUCUCGCUCUGGACAUCUAUCUCCGUGGCUGUGGCAGUUAUUAUCUUUAAGCAGCUGUCAAACAUGUUCAGCAUUCGGAAAGAGCUGGGCUGCCUCGGUUCACGGCAGUGUCAGUGAACCCCUUUGCAAAUGCCUCUCUCCAACCCCCACCUGACACAUCUUCCUAAAAAAUUUUUUGCUUGAAGAUGUAGCGAAACCAGCCGAGGAAUUACUGAUGGACUUUUUUUAAUAUAUGAGAAAAAGAUAGGGGGAAGUCUUGGAUUUCUUUCUAUUGCAUGGGAAUGAGGAGGAAAAGGAACAUUUGCUGCAUCUGCUCAUAUGUCAGUUUUGAUUAUGCACUGCAUGUAGAACAACACAUGAUCUGGGAGGAGGACGGAGAUGUAAUAACUUGUUAGUGUGGGGUGGUUGUUGUUUUUUUAAGUGGGGGAGUGCUUCAGCGACCCAUGGGUCCAAAGUCUUCAUUGAAGUGGCAUCUUUUUGUUGGUUUGAAUUGAAGGCAUCGCUUGGUUGGAAACUGAUUCAAAGCCAAGUGUUUUUUUUCUCUCUCUCUUCUCCUCUUACAUCGCUAGGAAAAGGAAAGGAAGCAGCUAUGAAGAGGAAACUGAUGUUCUACAUGAUGCAGUUGGUUCUCGUUUUGUUGGCGUGCUUCUCUGCAAGAUCAGCAUCGGUUGACCCCAAUGAAGAUGAAGCAAAAAAUAACAUCACCAUCUUUACAAGAAUUCUAGAUAGGCUUCUGGAUGGUUAUGAUAAUCGUCUGAGACCUGGUUUAGGAGACAGUACAACUGAAGUCUUCACAAACAUAUAUGUGACCAGCUUUGGACCAGUUUCAGAUACAGACAUGGAAUACACAAUAGAUGUUUUCUUCCGCCAAAGAUGGAAAGAUGAGAGAUUAAAGUUUAAGGGUCCAAUGAACAUUCUUCGACUGAACAAUUUAAUGGCCAGCAAAAUCUGGACUCCAGAUACAUUCUUUCAUAAUGGAAAGAAGUCAGUAGCUCACAACAUGACAAUGCCAAAUAAGCUACUACGAAUUCAAGAUGACGGGACUCUCUUAUAUACCAUGAGGCUUACUGUCCAGGCUGAAUGUCCAAUGCACUUAGAAGACUUCCCUAUGGAUGCCCAUUCAUGCCCAUUGAAAUUUGGCAGCUAUGCAUAUACAUCUUCAGAAGUGACCUACAAGUGGACCUUCAAUGCAUCUAAUUCAGUAGAAGUGGCCCCGGACGGUUCGAGGUUGAAUCAGUAUGAUCUCAUAGGGCAAACAAUUGGAGAAGAAACAGCUAAAUCAAGUACAGGAGUCACAACUGUGCUAACAAUGACAACUUUAAGCAUCAGUGCUCGAAAUUCACUGCCCAAAGUAGCCUAUGCCACAGCUAUGGACUGGUUUAUUGCUGUUUGUUAUGCAUUUGUAUUCUCUGCCUUGAUAGAAUUUGCCACUGUAAAUUACUUCACAAAAAGAGGAUGGGCAUGGGAUGGGAAAAGCGUAGUCAACGAUAAGAAAAAAGAAAAGGCAUCGGUUAUUAAGAAAAACAACGCCUAUGCAGUGGCAGUUGCCAAUUAUGCACCAAAUAUCACAAAGGACUCUGUUCUCCCGACAAUCUCCAAGAGCGCUACCACAACAGAACCCAACAAAGCCAAGCCGGAAGCCAAGCCACAGGAAGCAAAGAAAACCUUCAACAGUGUUAGUAAAAUCGACAGGAUGUCGAGAAUAGUUUUUCCAGUCUUAUUUGGUACUUUCAACCUAGUGUACUGGGCAACAUAUCUAAAUAGGGAACCUGUCUUACAUGGGUUUUAGGAGCAAACCUUAACUUUAUGCUGAGGGCGUAUAACAUCAUUAUAAUCAGAUUGUUUUCCUAUGUACAGUACGACUAAUAACUGCUAACCCGUGAACCGAGAUGUACAGAAUGUAUAUAGGUAUCAUGUCCAUUUAUCUCCAAAGGAGGUGCACAGAGUUUAUUCAUGGGAUCUGUAAACAGAUGGCACCCAUGGCAAAUAUAGCCCGCUCUCCUAUCCGUGUGAGUUCUCCUAAACUGGUAUUCAAAUAAUGCUGAAUUAUAUCCAUACAACCGCAUAUGGUCCUACAUAACUAUUUAGUAACACUAUUUUUUUAAUUUAAAGUUUAAGAUAUUUUUCUAUAAAAUGACUGAUUCUACUUUAAUGCAAAGAAACUAUCAUUUAAAAGAGAAGGGUUUUUUUAUAAGAAGUAACCUUAAUUUCUUACGGUAGCAGUGCCCAUGUAAAUAUUACAGGUGUGUGGUGAGCUCAAGUAUUCUCUUAUUCGCAACCAUUAUGAAUGCAAGAUAUAUGUAAAGGCUAUUGGAAUGUCAGGGUUAAGCACCUCUUUACUUUUGAGUCAAGCGCUGAAGUUGCUGAUUAACAGUUAGAUCUGUGGUACGGUCAGCACUCUGUUCCUGAAGCAAAAGGAUUGGGUGCUUGGGCGGGUUUCACAAGAAAAGAAAAGUUUCCAGCCUAGCCCCAAUGCUGGAUUCAUAUCAAUCAUUGUAGCAAAAGUGUUUUUUCUUUCUUUCUGUCCAGUGCUAAAGUGUUUUAUAAAAGCAGUUGUGCAAUGUGGGGGGAGGGAUACCGGGGGCAAGGGAAUUGAUGCUGAGCCAACCUCUCCAUGCCACACUGUGGUAAAAGUUGACAACAUACUUUUUAAAAAAUAAAAAAGUGAUGAUACACCAAAGUAAACAACACAAACCUGCUUGCUCCUAGUGAAAAACAUUGGCCAAUAUUCAUUCAGUCCUUAAUAGUUCUUCUAGCUGUUAACAGUUCCCUUAUUUGGGCCCAGGAGGGGUGGGUCAUAUGGCUCUUUUUCAAUAUGAAAAAAAAAUCAUAUGAUAAAA